ACAAGAGGGUGAAUGCAGGCAAGAGACGCAGAAAGUGAAGCACUGACAGAAAUACAGCAACAGAGGAUUUCUAUAUAACAUAGUGGAAAGUUCAAAGCAGAAAUGGCAAACACAGCAGGAGGAGUACUCUUGGUUUUACUCUUGGUCCUGAGUGGCAGUGUGCCAUGUUUUUCUGUGUAUAACAGUGGGGAGUGCUUCUUCAAUACCAAAGGGAGCUGUGAACACAUGGGACACGUUUACGGGAUAGGAGAGAGCUGGAUCACCAGUGACUGCUACCAGUGUGUCUGCAUGGAGCCUUUCGGAGUAGGAUGCUGUGACCAUGGAUCUAAACCUGUGGACUAUCCAGACUGGUGUGAGAUCAUUCGUAAACCUGAUGACUCUUGCACUAGUGUUGCAGUGAUGAGAGCCAAUCAUAAACUACCAUGUCUCUGGGGACGAGGCCAUCUCAGACCAGCUGCAGGCCAACCAUGGAAAUCUGACAAUGAUCCUCUAUUUUGA